CCGGUGCGCGUCAACAUUUGUGACUUCCGGUUAAUUUCUACGAACGAUGUUUGCGUGCUUGAAUUUGUGAAAACGAUAGUUCGUACAGGAUUAUUUUACAGUUACAAUGUCUCUCUAUGAUGGCUUGGACCUUGAUAACACAGAGGGUGGAAUCACCAAGAAUGUGGACGCUGGCUGGUCAUCGGGGUUCAAACUGCUGCAGUCACAGCUGCAGGCCAAGAAAGCUAACCUGACCACACCAAAGCGCCCACGCCAGGGAUCAAUACUAGCGCCUGUGAUAGACCUGAAGCGGAACGAGGCCUCGGAACUUCACUUCAAUCUUCAGACGGGAAAGCUGGAGAGAAUAGAUCAACCCAGCACCCCCCCAGUAAGUUCCACUGCCCCCUUCAUUGCGUCUGACCCAGUGCCGUCAAUCACGGGGGUGCAGGACGAGUAUGACCCUUUCCGGCCCAAUGAGUAUGAGGACAUCGUGAAGAAGAGGAGAGAAGCCAAGCAGAAAGAGAGGGAAGAAGAGAAGAGGAGAGAGGCUGAGGAGGGACGCUCAUCUCGGCGACGGCCUGAGCGAGAAAGAGAACGAGACAGAGUAAGAGAAGAGGAAGGUGGAGAGAUGGAUCGAGCGAAGCGGCGGAGAGAGCAGGAGGAAGAGGAGGAGGGAUAUGAAAAGCCCAGAUCUAGUGGUGCGGCCAUCGCCCCGCCUAUGUCACUGCUUGAGGACAACACUCCACCCAAAGAAGCCUCCGAGCCUGUGAUGCCGAACCGCUCCAACUCCCCUCCAACUGGCUACACCUUGGGACUCGGUGGGUCUGUGGCUUCUCGGAUCAUGGCGAAGUACGGCUACAAGGAAGGUCAAGGCCUGGGCAAGCAGGAGCAAGGCAUGAGUACUGCACUGUUUGUAGAAAAGACCAGCAAGAGAGGCGGCAAGAUCAUCCACGAGAAGGACCUGCCUAAAGAAGUACCGAGGGAGUCCCCCUCCAAUACAAACCUGCUGCGGAAUCCUUCCAAAGUUAUUUUACUGAGGAACAUGGUUGGACCGGGAGAGGUGGACGAAGACCUGGAACCAGAGACUGCCGAAGAGUGUACCAAAUAUGGAAAAGUUAUCAAGUGCGUCAUAUUUGAGAUUCCCGGCCAGAUUGAGGAAGAGGCAGUGAGGAUAUUUGUGGAGUUUGAGAGGAUGGAGUCGGCAAUUAAAGCACUGGUGGACUUAAAUGGGCGAUAUUUUGGAGGAAAAAUUGUAAAAGCUUGUUUCUACAACCUUGAUAAAUUCCGGAGGUUGGAUCUAGCUGAUGUCUCCGAUUGAUCGAUACAAAACAUGUGUUCCUCUGUGUAUAAUAAUGUCAGGAUAAAUUUGUCCUUGUUAAUGACCAACAACAUCUGCAGAAGUAUCGGUCAAGGGGGACAACUGUGUUAUUUCAAUGAAAGGCAGCUUUUUGGUCUGUCCGAAUGUUAUGUAAUUUUCGGUGGAUCAUGUAUUAUGGAAUAUACACACCAAACAUUGCAGACGUUUGGCAUUCAUUGCUGGUUCAAGGGGAUGACGAUUAAGUCAUCAUUGAAAACAUCAAACCAGCGUUUGAUUUACAACCGUCUGUCCAAGUGUCAAACACAUGGACUAUUGAUCAUCUCCAGUAGCAAGCAGGAUAAUCAUGUCGAAUCAUGUUGUGAAGAUUGAACAAAAACAUUUGAACAACUGGUUUUUGCGCAGUGGCUUUAGAUGUUUUUGGUGUGGUUGUGUGAAACAUUUGUACCACGGAUCAGAAUAAAGCUGGUACUUUGAUUGUCAUGCCAAAAGAACUUACAAGAUUUUCUCUCACCCAAGAUUGCCAGGUGUUCAGAAAGCAUUCCAUAUUCAUUUGGAGUUCAGCCCGGUCUUUACAAGAUCCAGGUUUGGAAAAGUGUUACAAAUCAAUGAUCCUUAAGCUUGACGGUAACAUUACACAGGAAAGGAAUUAAUAUUGUAAGGUUACUUAAGCCACCCCAAAUUGCUUUGAUUUUAUUCAAAUCCAUGACACAUGCAAGUUAUAUUAUUUAUUAAUAUGUAAAGGAAUAGCCUAAAAUCGUAAUUUUGAAGUAUAUGAAGAAUUUGCUUUUAGGAGAAAAAUACUAUAUCCUCAAAUGAUAAUCUUGGGUUGGAAUCCUUACAUAUGUCACAAUAUGACGACAUGGCAUGACAUGAAUGCUCGACAUGCCAGUGAGCAUCAGACUGGUGAUAAAGUAAAACCUCGAUAUACCGCUGCCAUCAGGGUCCAACAUCCCGACCCCGUGUUCUAGGAAAGCGCGAUAUGCAGAUACAUUCCUCGAUAUACCGCUGCCAUCAGGGACCAAGAUCCCGACCCCGUGUUCUAGGAAAGAGCGAUAUGCAGAUAUUCAUUGCUGAUGAUCAGCACAUAACGUAAUGAUGGUUUACAGAACACGUGUUUGUUGUGAAUGGAACAUAAUUGUCUUAGUUACAGUGACAUGAUGUAGAAUUAACAUUAUCAAGGGGGUCCAACUUGCUCGUGGAAAGAAAUGAGAUGUCAUUUUUUUAUCUUGUUAACCAUUAACUGAAUGAAAGGGCAGAAUACUUCCAAGUAAGGACAUGAAAAUGUGAUGUGUUGUAGUUGCUGGCAUAUCUGUAGGACCUGAGUGUUUUUGUGAAACACUGGUCCAUAUGGCUUCCUGAAAAUGAUUUUUGACAAGCCCUGAUUUUUCAGCCAUAUGUUUAGGAUCAUUACUCCAGUUUACUUUCUUCCUAAAUGUCAGACCACAGAAUAAACAUGGUAAACGUUGUGAGAAAAAUAACAUAAUACAAUUGAAUGAUGGAGAAAUUUUUAUUGAAAUUUAUAAAAAAACGAUGGAAUGUACAUUGCUGAUGUAUACUGUAAAUAAACUCUGAAAUGUCUUUAGUUCUUCUUACCUAUAUUCCUAUAUUGAGAGAACAUGGUGAUUUACUGACAAGAUGUUUGUCCAUAAAAUUAUCAGUAUCAUUUAUUUACACUGUGCAACAAUGGACAUCACAUGGCAUUCCCUGAGAGCUUAACUGAAGAAACUGGAAAAAGCUCAUUAUCAUACCUCCAUGUCAGAAUGAUGAGAUCUGAUUGGUUCACAUGAUCUUGAUAAAAUUCUGUGUAUCCCGUCUUGGAGAGAAAUAUAAUUCUCAGUGGGUGAGUAAAUACCUUAUACCCCACCAUGAGCAAGACAGGCUGCGCAUGGAUUUCUGAGAGGCAGAAUGAAUCCUUUUCACCCUGUAUCCCUCCUUGAAGGGGACUAAUGUCCUCAGGGGGGAAAUAAAUCACAUACCCUGCCUGCCAUCAGCAAGUCAGGCUGCACAUGCAUUUUUGAAAGGCAAAAUAAAUCCUUUAUAUCCU